AUGGUCCCAACAACUAGAAACCUGUUGCACCAUGACGGCAAGAGCAGCCGCAGCAGGUCGUGCUACCACCCCGGCCAGUACUACGUCGGCAUCGCCGCCCAAUUGGAGGCCUCGGCGGCGUCUGCGCGGCAGCAGGACCAAAGCAAGCCGUCAAGAUCCCCUCGGCUGCUGGCCAUGGCAGACGAUGACGAGCCGGCCGCGGCGGCCGGGCCCGGCACGAGCUCCCCGGGCGGCGCCGGCGCAGGAAACGACGAAGGAGACUGGCUCCAGCUAGGCCUGGCCGCCACCGCGGCGUCGUCGUCGUCCUCCGCCUCCUCCUCCGGCGACAACAACAGCACGGAUCCGGCUCCGGCUCCAGCCCCGCCGGCUCCCAUGGCGCUGGACCUUUUCGCCUACGACAAGCGGAACGCCAGGUUGAGGCCGCCGUUGUUCCCGCUGCCGCUCAGGAGCUACCACCAGUCCUACGGCGACGGCCGCGGACGGUAUCGACCCGCGGCGGCAGCUAGCGGGUCCAUGUCGGCGCCGUUCUUGCCGUUCAUGCCUCCGUUCAGGUGCUCCGGCGAUACCAUAAGAGUCAUCAGCCCGCCGCGACGAACCGAGACGCCCGGGCUGUGGCUGACGCUUCAGGCAGCUCCUAACCAAAUUAGAGAGCCUAUUUUGCCUCAGAUAGCAAAGAGCUACCUAAGAAUCAAGGACAGCAACAUGAAGGUGGAGGUGGUGAUGAAGUAUUUGGCCGAGAAGCUAGGCAUCGCGCGGUCUCAUCAGACCUAUAAGAGAGCUGUAAAGAAAUUAGAAAUGGAUGAGUGUUCAGUAAAAAUAAUGAGGCAUGCACCUGGUGGGUCAAAUUCAAUCAUGAAAGAGGCUAACUGUUGA